AAAAGUGAAAUCUGUCUUAUAUUAAAAUAUUUAUAUUUGAUUGUAUAAUCGCGAUAAUAAAUUUACUAUGAGAAUUAUAUUUUACGGAAAACGAAAUUUUUGAUUGAUAAGCCAAAGAGAGGAAAAACGGAUGAUAACGCAAUCUUAUCAGUCUUAAAAUAACAGAAGAGAGAAGAAGCUUUUAAUGUGUUAGUGAACAUAUGUCGAUUAACGUCUAUUCAGAAAAAAAAUAUUCAUCGUUCUGAUGACGAUCUAGUGCUAUUUUCUGAUAUUUGUUUAUAUCGCUAAAUGUGAAAAAUAUAAGAGUACAAUAAUAUAAACUAUACGAAUGAGAUUUUUGAUUGAAAUUGAAAAAGAGAAAGAAUACAAAAAUGAGUGACGAAAAAGUUGAAGAGAUAUGUGAAUCACUAAAUAAUGUGAUUAAUACCUCAACAAUAAUAACAACUUCAACGGUCAAUAAAAAUUUUUCUACUUCAGUACAAUCAACUAGUGAAAUGUCAUGUAGUGUUGUAUCAAAGGAUACUUUACUCAAAACCUUAUUAUCUACCUCCAUAGCUUUAUCAUCUUCAGUAAUUGCACCACUGUCAACAGGAAUAUCAACAACAGUUCCUUUAGAAAGUAUGAUAACAAAAGAAGUAAAUGAUACUCAACUUAAUCUAAAGAAAAUUUUAUAUGAGCCUGAAAACGAAUCACUCAAAGACAAAGAUCAGGAAUCGUCUGUGCAGAGUGUUUCCCAAAAGAACUUUGCGGAUACACAAAUGAUAGAUGAUGACGAUCGCCUUGUGAUAGACAUAUCUGAUGAAGAAAUUGAAGGUCAAAAGAAAAAGAAAAAAAAUAAGGCAAAAUCUAUGCCAAUAUUAGAUUUUGGGAUCGAAGGAAAUAAAUACACAAACCGUAUGCCUAAAUCAAUUACGUACAGUGUUGAAACGACUGGAAUUAGUAGUAGCUGUGUAAAAAUUGAUAUUCUUACGUCAACAGGAUCAUUUUUUAAUUCAGAUUCUGUUGAAAUAUCCAAAUUAGCAACAUCUAUAUCAAAACAUGCAAAUAUUUCUUUAAACGAUGAGCUCAAUAUAUUAAGUCAUGAAAUCGACAAGCAAAUGAAUAAGAAGACUAUGGAGAUCUUAGAAUUGGUUAAGGAGUAUUUAGGAAAUGAGUUAAGUGAAGUUGAAUUUCACAGCAAAAUGAAUGAUAUUGGAAAUGUUUCAGUAAGUGAUCUCUCAACAAUAGCUAAGAAAUUGAUAAAAAGACAAAAGUUUGAAGCAAAUCCAAACCAGAAAGAAUUUAUGAGAAUGAAAUUUCUUCAAUUUCCCACAAGUUCAAAAGAUUUAGUAAAUUAUUUUAAGAAUCUUAUUCCAUCAAUGAAUAAGGAUAGGUUCGUGAAUAUGAUUAAGUUUUACGAAAUAAUAAUCAAGGAAAUGUUCAAUUUAAAUAAAACAAAAAUUCUUCAGUACCUUAUUGAUUUCAUGAUCAAGAGAAAGAAUGCUCAAUUAGAUUUGUUAAAUUUUAAUUAUGAAACAAAUAGUUCACCCAAUUUAAAACAAAAAGUUUCAUCGACAUUUGAAAUGGCUGAUUCUACACAAAGUAUAAAAUCAGAAAGAAAAAUAGCAAAAUUGCAUGAUACAAGCUACAAUUUUGUCAUAAGAUCAGAUCCUAUUUAUCUUACGGCUGGUUCUACUUUCAUGACAAAUCAUCGGGAUGUUAUCAAGUGCCGCUCAUCUCCUUGUGUUCAAAAUAAUAUUUUUGAGAAAAGACCAUUUGAUAAUAAUAUUCUAAAAGGACGUAGAAUUGGUCGACGGAUUAUGAAUGAAAUUAAUGAAGGAGACAUAAAAAUCCAAAAUUUAAUUGAAGUUAAUAAGCAACUUGACUCUCCAUCAGCUGAGAUAAAAUCUCAAAUUAAAAGUAUUCCUGGACUACCAGUGUUGUUAUCAAAUGUAAGUUCAUUAGAAGAACAGUUGUUAAAACCACAGUUUGAAAGUGAAUUACUUUCAAUAUCGAAGUUCUCGAAAGCAGAUUCUUCUUCUCCAAUAUUGGUCGAUACACCAUCAUCAUCUCCACCCAUUCAUAAGAUCAUCAAACCACAAAUAAUAUCACAACAAAUUCUACAAAGAGCUUUCAGUGAAAGAAUUACUGAUGCGUCAGAUAGAGAACAAAAGAAAACUUUGGAAAAGUUUCCAAUUUCAAAUUUUAAAUCAUCAAUAUCUAUUCAAAAUAACGUCUUCGCAAGUCGUCAAUCAUUUGAGCAACAAUUGGGAGGAUCUAAUUCGGUAACAAACAAUCGUGAACCAAUAAGUAAUGGACAGCUAUCAAUGAAUGAAAUUAAAACACUUAAUCAAAAUGGAACCGAAAUUAUCCCUACACCAAUAUUGCGCAACACAAUUACAACUCGUCGUAAAACUAUUGAUGCUGAUCAUGCAUCCAUUGUAAAAACUCCUUUAGAAGUAAGAAAAGUUCAAUCGUUUCCAAAUGAAAUAAUGAACUCACCAUCUUCUUUACCAACAACAAAGACUAGUUUAAGUUUUUUAUAUGAGCAGUCACAAUUAAAUAAGCAGGCAUCUAAAAUUUUAAAGAGACGACAAAGCUGUCAUGAAAGAAUUUUUGCUCCCAAACCAUCAAAUACAAGCAAUAUUGAAAGACAUUUUAUGAAUUUUAUGAAUGGUGAAUAUGAAUCAAAAAAGCGAGAAGCUGAACUGAAACGUAUGCCAAAUUUGGCAUUAAAUGAUGCAAAAGCAUUACAGUUUCAUCAUAAACAUCAGGAUAUUCAAAAACCAACACCACCACUCUACACACAGCAAAAACGUGUGAGAUUUAUUAGCGAUAACUCUUCUGAGCUGCCUCAGAGAAGUCCUCAAACAGAAAGAACACAACUCACUCCGAAUUCUCAAAAAGCACAUCAAUCAGAGAAUCUUUCACCUCGCGCAUUAUUUCGUGAAUCUUUACAAAAUACUUUGAUGCAUCCACCAUUAAAGCCAUAUCAAUCACCGAUUGACUAUCAACGUUAUCAGUUAUAUUUUGAACGUGAGUUACGGGAAAGAGGUUUUGUUGAUCGCGUUGAAAAUUUACAGGAUAGAGAUGCAAAUCUAAUAUCUAUAAAUCGUCCAUUGGAGUUGGUUUCACAUGUGCCACCUGAACAUUAUCUUCAACAUUCAGAACCAACACAAUCCAAUGCAUUCACUAGUCCGAAACUUACAAGACCUUCAGAUAAAUCUCCAAGAAUGCACCAACGUACACCCAUCAUGACAAAUGACGAAAAAGCAACACUUGUGGCAUAUAAUCAAUUACAGAGUUUGCAUCGUGAUCCAUCAAAUUUAACAGCUCAACAAUAUUCUGAGCAUUUAAAACAGAUUCAUCAAUUUAAACAUAUGCAAAAAACAUCAUUAAAUUCUUCGCAAGGAUUUUAUCAAGAUCAUCCAAAUCAACUAUUGGAAACGAGAGAUAAAUCGUACAAAAAUCUCCAACAGUCCAUAAAUCAGCAACCAGAAAACACAACUUCUCCAAGAUUCUUUUCUUCACAAAUACAUGAUGUGUCUAAUGAUAAAGAACAACAAACAUUGCAAAGAAAAUUAAAAUUAAAAGCAAAGUCUACAAAGUAUGUGGAGCCAAGUCAAUUAUCAAAAGCCUAUCAAACUACACCGCGUUCAACUUAUUAUACUGAUCCUUAUACAAUGACAGCACAUAAAAAACCUCCUACGCCUACUGUUUAUAAUCAUUCGCAAGAUAGACCUAUAGAGCAACAUUCGCAAGAACAAUUAUCUGCAUUUUAUAAUAUGAGAAACGAAAGCUCAAUGAAUUCACAAUUACAAUAUCAAUGGAUGCUUGCUCAACAUCAUCAACAACAGCAGCAACAUCAGCAACAGCAUCUAAACUUAAUAAAUCAACCGGCUCGUCCUAUACCUCGUCCAGCAAUUCCUUCUCCAUUCAAUGAUGCAAAAUUAAAUGGAAUUCCUGCAAAUCACAAUAUGUUUUCUCAUAACCCAUUGCAAACAUUUUCAAACCAACAGUCUGAUUUUUAUCGACGCUAUUUCCCAAAGAGUUUCUAAAGACUGUUAUUGUAAUCUUUUGCAUUUUAUUUUUUAUAGUUUUGUAUGUAAAUUUAAUUUUCUAAUUAAUUAAGAAAUAUCACUUAAAGAAUUUGUCUUACAUGUGAUAAGAUUUAAG